AUGACUCUAUUCUAUACUGGCACACUUCAGGAAGGCAUAGCCCUCGCAGUCCAAGAGGCAAAAGCUGUUGUUUGCUUCGCCCGAGAUGAAACCGAACUAAGCUCAACCUGGGAGGAUGACUACUUUUCUGAUGCAGAGGUAUAUGAGCCUUCAAGUACCCUGUCUCACUAUGUGAUCGCCCAAGCCCUCCACGAUAAAGCGAUCACCUUACGCCUCAGUUCUGGAACUCAGGAGGCUGGAUUUCUAACUUCAUUCUGUCCAAUCUCGAGCUUUCCAACUAUUGUGGUCAUCAAAAACGGCACAUUGCAAGAGUUUAUUACAUCGGAAGUAUCCAAAGAUGACUUUUUGAACCGAUUGAAGGUUGCCCUAGAGGGUAAAUACGCUCCUCCUGUGGCCCAGCAACCGCAGACAAAUGCUCCAUCCACCAGCAAUGACACUACCACUUCUUCAGCCACCUCUGCUACAUCAUCUACUCCGCCUCCUAUCCCGAACCAACAACCAGUAUCGCAACCUACGACGAGACCACCCCGCCCCCAAGCUCAACCUCAGUCUGGGCAGUCUUCGUCACCAUCAAAGCGUUUACCCCAGAAAGAGGACAAAGCAGAGAAGCCCAAGCCGAAACAAGAGAAGCCUCGCCAAGAACCUAAGCCUCGAGCCCCCGCGAAACCAGCCGUUACCAAGGCCACCAAGCAACCGAAAGAAGAGCCAAAGCCACAGCCAGCCGUUCCUAAAGGACCACCGAAGGAAUAUCGCCUCCAAGUACGACUAUUUGACGGCAGCUCCGUCCGUUCAACAUUCACGCCCAAACAAACAAUCGGCAAAGAAGUGCGAUCCUGGCUAGAUCAACAACAACAAAUGACCGACGAAAACCGCCCGUACAACCUAAAGCAUAUCCUAACCCCGCUUCCGAGUCGAACGCUGUCCGUCGGGGAGGAAUCGCAAACACUCGAAGACCUAGGUCUCGGCUCAACGGCAAAUCUAGUCAUGGUCCCUGUUCAAUCGUUCACGUCGGCCUAUACUGUCUCCGGAUCCAGUCUUCCCGUUCGUGGAAUUUCCGCCGUCUACAACACAGCAUACUCUGUUGCAAGCACUACUGCCAGCUUCUUCGGUUCAAUCGUUGGAUAUGGUCAAAGCCCACCGCCACCGACAGUGCCGGAGCCGACUCCGAGCUCUUCUACGUCUGCUCCUACUCCUCGCAAUAGACGGCCAUCGGGACCGAAUAUUCGGACGCUACAUGAUCAACCAAAUGAUGGGAGAGAUAGUCAGUUUUAUAACGGGAAUCAGUUGAAUUUCGAACCCCGGAAUCAAGAUGGGAACGGCCGUUGA